AUGAAGGAGGCAGCACUGGCGCGGCAGUUGGUAAGCGCACGUCUUGAGGAGCUUGCGGCAUUGAAGGAGAAGUUGGAGCAAAUCAGCACGGGUCUGGAGAUGAUCAUGAAGGCUCAACUAGAGAUCCAAGCCCUUAUCGAAGAGAGGGAGGAGCACGGGUACGAAUUAUCUGAGACUGUUAAAGAUGAAAACGUGACCCUAUCUCGCAUGGAGACGCUAUCGUUUGGAAUGUUGCUGGAGCUCCUGGUGAACAAGCUGAGUAAUGAUAAGUAG